AUGGCACUAGUAUCCGGCCCUGGCAGAGCUGGGGGCCCCGCAGAGACGGAGCUGCACACCGAGAAACACGUGACUUACAUCAAGAACCUGGACACAAGGAAAGAUGAACUCGAAUAUUGGCUGACCGAGCACCUGCGCCUGAAUGGGGUGUACUGGGGCUUGACCGCCCUGCACCUUCUCGGUUCCCCAGAUGCCUUGCCCCGCGACGAGACCGUCGACUUCGUUCUUUCCUGCCAAAGCGAUAAUGGCGGAUUCGGGGCAGCUCCAGGCCAUGAUGCUCACAUGCUGUAUACCGUCUCGGCAGUUCAGAUCCUGGUAACCAUCGACGCGGUCGAUGAACUGGAGAAGCGGGGCCGAGGUGGCAAGGAGAAAGUUGGGUCUUUUAUUGCAAAUCUGCAGAAUGAAGACGGCUCGUUCAUGGGAGACCAGUGGGGCGAAACGGAUACCCGAUUCCUGUACGGAGCGCUUAAUGCCCUGUCGUUAUUACGCUUGAUGCACUUGGUCGAUGUCGCCAAGGCCGUUACACACGUUCAGAGCUGCGAGAAUCUCGAUGGCGCGUAUGGAAUUCGCCCCGGUACGGAAUCCCAUGCGGGGCAAGUUUUCACCUGCAUCGGCGCCCUCGCUAUUGCGGGUCGCUUAGACCUCGUGAAUAAAGAUCGCCUUGGGGCUUGGCUCAGUGAGCGACAGAUUGAAAGCGGUGGCUUCAAUGGCCGGCCAGAGAAGCUCGCGGAUGCGUGUUACACCUGGUGGGUGGGAUCAAGCCUCGCUAUGAUCGACCGCCUCCACUGGAUUGAUGGAAAGAAGCUUUCUGCAUUUGUGCUGCAGUGUCAGGAUCCUGAUGCUGGUGGAUUUGCAGACCGGCCUGGAAAUAUGGUGGAUGUAUACCACACUCAUUUUAGUCUUGCAGGGUUGAGCUUGCUCAAGUUUGAAGGCCUGGAAGAGAUAGAUCCUGUAUAUACACGGCUAUUCUUUCUUCACCCAGACACAAUUGCCCUUGCCAUAUCUUUGGCUCGACUCCAAGAUCUGUUGACCAUGGACGACUCCGACCUGAGGUGUUCCAUAUGCCACAAGCAGCCCAAGUUUUCGGACGUAUCUCACCUGUUGACCCAUGUAGCCUCCAAGGCCCAUCUCGCCAAUGUCUUCGAACUCGGGGUCCGCAAGACCAACGACCCUGAAGCUGCUCGCUUGCUGGAAACCUACGAAAACUGGUUCAACUACCAUAACAUCCGCCAACUGCUGUCAGAUCGCCUAGCUUCGAAGGAAAGACGCAAGAAGAGAAGGUCCGAGAACAAUGCCAUGUCCCUGAAGGCCCGUCCCAUCCAUGGCCGAGGGUUCACCACUGCGCCAACGCGUUCGAACACUGUCGCCGCCACUCCAAUCUCGCAUUGCCUUGACCCACGCUUGGCUGGCCCCUACAAUGGCCCCCAAGAGGAGACACUUUCCCCUGUGACCCCAAGUGCUUGGACGGCGGUGAACAGCAACGAAAAGACUCGAACGGGACCAGUCCUCCGAUCAAUGCGACCAUCGGCGGGCGCAUAUUUGAACAUGAUCAAGUUGGAGGAUGAGGACCAAUCCACAACUGACAGCCCUGCAAUGUAUCCCGUCACCCCGACACAGCCUCGACGCAAGAAGGCCGCAGAGGAAAUCACAUGGGAUUUGCGCCCGGAGACACCUGAACCCAUUGUGACUGCCCCCCGUGCUCGGGCAUUGGGGAACGAAGAGAAGCCGUUGAAAUCUCGUUCGGAUGAAAUUGCAAGGCUCAAAGGAGUACUCUGGCCAGGAAUGGACUGCUUUGAUGCAGCAACGGAUCACAUGCGUCGCCGUCGCAACCAGAAGAAGGAUGGCACCGUGCUGAAGCAGAUGGAGAUUGGCUCCUUGCUGGUGGAGCCCAAUGAAAUGAUCUUUUCGCCCGGGGGUGGGCUCCUCAAGGAACGUGUGAUUACUGGAAAUCCCGAGGAUGACAGCCCAUUGAAGGGAGAAACUCCAAUUCCCCGUCGCCGCCAGACCCGUUCUCAGAAUAUCUUGGCUUCCAAUGAUCCCAAUUUAACCCACGCCGCGGACAGGACUCGCCAGAGAGUUGCUGCACGGAAAGCAAACAAGACUGUUCAUGUUGGGUCACCCGAUCAGUACAAGCCAUCUCACCGUCGUGGUAUGAUGAACCCUCAACCAUCUCACGCUUCCUUCGAUGGGGACUUUGAAAUGACUGUCAAUGCAUUUGGCAAGCGGGCCAGAGGUGGCUUCGACGUAUUCACCGACGAGGAGGAAGGCAGCAAACAACCUUACCCCACCCAGGGCAUGGAUGGAAGACCCAAAGGACAAAUUGACUCGCUGACUCCCACUCGCCUCAUGUUGGACCGAAAGCCAGCCCCUUCUGGAACUCGCGCUCGAAAGGUUGCGCGCACGGCGGCUGACAAGGAAAACAUCGAACCCAUUUUGAACGCCCGAGGCCAAAUUGGCAAUCUUCAAGACUGGAACUCUCCCUUUGCCAAGCAUGCUACUGGCCCCGGUACUUUUGACCACUAUCUCAAUGAGCCCUCGUUCCCUGACCUCGGCUCCUACACUGACAGCGACAAACCUGUGUACCGAUCAAACCCGUUGUUUGCCUCUAAGCACAGUGCUUACGACAACCCAUUCAAGUCGGACUAUGGCGCACGCCACGACGAGUGGUCGCCAACUGCACCACUCCCUGCUUCCGAGGAGACCAUCCCCGAGGAGCACCUGGAAUACUCUGGGCUCUACCUACUCUCUGCCGACUGA